UUGGGUGAAGGGUUGAGUAAAAUCGGUGUGAUUAGCCUUCUCCCAACAGACGGGGAUUAAGCUUUUAGUCCGUAAUUAUUAUAAAGCAUACGUCAGCAGAUAUCCACCCAUUUCCGAGAGACAGUGGAGCGGAGGGAUGUCCUGCUAGGUGACUGUGCUCUCUGUGAGACCCAGGAAUAGGAGCAGGAACAGGAAUAUCCUCCUGAGUCAGUGCCACGACGCUGACACACCACAGGCAGGCUGCCUCUGCUCCCAUAAUAAGCAUCCUAUGCUAUUCUGCUCAAGAUGGCGGUGCAGGCAGCUGAAAAGGACGGGAUAUUGAAGAACGUGGAAAAUGACUAUCUGAACGACUCGCUGGAGAACCCCGCCGGCCUCAUCUCACCUGACAAGGAGGAUUUAUCUCAUCUGCUGACUGUGCCAUUCAGCGGGCGAAUCCGUGGGGGCAUGCGGCCGGGGAAGAAGAUUAUAGUGAUGGGCAUUGUCGAAUUGGAGCCAGACAGCUUUGACGUGAGCUUAACCUGCGGCCGUGACUCGGAGAAGGAGGAGACUCUGCAUGACGUGGCCCUGAAACUCACCGCACGCUUCGCUGACCGCCAGUUCCUGCGCUGCGCCUGCAUCUCUGGGAAGUGGACACAGGAGGAAGUGUCCACCGACUACUUUCCCUUCAUCCCCGAUCAGCCUUUUAGGAUUGAGAUCCACUGCGAGCACCAGAGGUUCCGGAUAUUUGUGGACGGACACCAGCUCUUUGACUUUUAUCACAAAGUAAAAUCUUUGUCCUCUAUCGACACAGUACGGAUACAAGGAGAUCUACACAUCACCAAGCUCGGUUAACAUCCCACUCCUCCUGCUCUGCAAGUCGUGUGUGUGUGAAGCAAAGACUUUACCACAGAUGACCACACACACAUGUGCGCCUGUUACGUCAUCAUCCAUAACCCAUCAUGCAACACUGAAGCAGCAUAACAACUGGGGGGAAAAAAGCUCCGGCGGUGACAAGUUAGAGUCCUUCUGCUACAUUUUCAUUCACUUCUUUCCAUUCCUUUCUGUUGAACCAGGAUCUGAUGAUGCUUUGAGGGUGAAUGUGUUUUUCUCUUUGUAGCCACAGUUUUGUCACAUCAGGGAACUCGUGGCUUAUUAAUAGCGCAUUUUUUUUCAUGUUGAGUCUUUUUAGGGAUGCUAACGUAGAGGCAGGUGUGAAGUGCUUUCAAGGAUGGAAAAAAAUAACUUGGUUGUUAUAGAAACCGGUUACUCAGGAACAAUAUCUGGUUCUGAGCAGCAAAUGUGCAAGCAAACUGUUGCUUAUGGAUGAAAAUUUGGGGACUGAUUUUGAACGUUUUAAUUCUGCAACUCGUGGGCUUAUAAAAACAUUCCAAAAUCUUUUGGAUAAACUGGAAAAUGCAUCUUGAUCAAGCUAAAAAGAGACACUGGUCAUAUAUUACCAGGAUUUUAACCCAACCCAUGUGACAAAUAUGCUGUAAAAUCCUCCAGUAUCUGACCUGAGCAGUGUUAAGCGAUUCAAUCUAAACCUUGACUUAUUCCCACAAGGGCUAAAACAUGAUUUUCAUAUCAGAUAAAAACAGUUGUAAAGCGUAAUGUUGCAGGUUGUUGACGCUUUUUAGAAUUGAUUUUACUCAGCUGUAGUUAUUGUUGCAGUUAUCUUCGAAAACUCAAUCUUCGGAUCACAAUAGAGCGCAGUAUUACACCCUGUUUUCUCUGCGCUGAUGCAUCUCCAUCUCCGUAGCCACUCCUCUGCCCCCGCCCACCCCCUUUGGCUUAUCCCAGUUGUCACGGUAACACACUGCAGUCUCACCGACCUAAAUCCCCCAAAAUGAGGAUUAUAUCAUAACAAGAUAUAGCAGGGAGUGUCCCGUACUGUACACUGCGCGUGUUGGUAGUUUUAGCGAUCACUGCAGCCAUUCUCCUGUAUAUAGAAAGUCCAGUGUGCUGAGCAGGAAGUAGAGUUAUGACUGUUUACUCUGGUGGGCAAGGAGAGAGGAGAAAUUACAUUUUAAAUGGGUUUGAAAUUUGGACUCUGCUCUCUGCUGUCACACUCACAGAACACACGUGUUCAAUGCAAACCUCAUCUGAAUGGUACACUAAACCAAUAUGCAACUAAUUCUCAUAAAACACUCUCAGUACAUAUUCAGAAGAAACUGUGCUGUCAAAGUGUGCUGGUGUUAAAACUAAACUCAAACUAAAACCUUCAGUCACAUUUACUGUAACAGCUGUUUUUUUUUUUUUGGUUUUUUUUUUGGAAGCAGGAUCAGAGCCUGGUGGUAUUUUGAAUGUAUAGUAUUCAUGUUCCUAUAGUAGCAUAGAAGAUAUGGUGAUGCACAAAAUUAUUACUUACUGUCAGUUUUUUGGUGGUAUGGCUGGUGCUGUUUAUAGUCCAUUUUCAGUCCUACAGUAUGUCUCGUGUUUCCUGAAUCAUUCCACUUCAUUGUUUUGUCCACACUGAGACAGACGUUAUAAAGCACUUACAGCCUUGUGUAAUGCAGCCAGCAGGUUUUUACAAGUCUAACAGACACUGUAAUGUCCUACAUGGUUUUGUCUCUAUAACCAUUCCACUUUUUCUUCACUGAGGCAGAAAGGAAGUUAAAACUACACAGUAAUAGUACAAACGUAUCUGCAAAGCAAAACUCACAGUAUUAAGAGUAUUACAGUAAGUAUAUAGGUCUAACGGUGCUCUGUUUACACCUCAUCCACUAUCAGCAUUCACUAUGAUCUGUAAAGUUUUACACAUACAGUAGAAUUAGGUAAGAAUUUCACUGCGUAGAUUUCUGGGUCCCACUUUCCAAUAAAGGGUUUAUAAGAUGUAACUUAUGGCUUUAUUAUUAAUUUAUUAAUUAAACUAUAGCUUUUUUUAGUUAGUCAGUUAUAAGCGAUUGAUAACAACAGCUUUUGGGUUUCCAGGUUGUGAAAAAUUCCUUCUUUUGGGUUUCUGUUGUAUUUGGUAAUAUUCCAGUUAGUAAACCAUCUAAUUAACAUCAGAUCUGCAGUUAUAAAAGUUGAUGAAUCAUUGAUACGGGUUCCUGGCGUUCUCAUUUUAUAUUAAUGCAUUAAAUCUUGUCAAUGUGACCUGCAUGAAAAAGCUAAAAAAGACGAAGCGAGCGUCAUUCUGCAGGAGAAUCAGCCAAAAGGAUAUUUUAACCUGUCAACCCAAACUUUGUUCCUAUUAAUGACUUAUAAGUAUAUGAUCCGUUAAACAUUAGUUGUAUAUUUAUUAACUAUAAAUAAAGGCAUUAUUUAAACCCUUUCAUAAUCCCCUAAAGGGUGACUUAUUAGAAAGUUAGAAAGAGCUUGGACCAGGUUGGAAAAGCUUAGUGUGACAGAUGUUGUACUUCAUAUCAAACAGAAAAAUUAAUGCAUGCUUUUAAUGCUGCGUCACGGUUCGUAUCCACUUUUUGAGCAGCUCGACACAGUGAAGAAGCAAAACGUAGUACACUGUUUCUUAAGGAUGCACAGAAGUACCAUUUAAGAUUUUGACAUUUGUACACUUCAGAUCUGAUCUAAACAAGCUAUUUUCUUUCAUCACCUUUUGCUGCUGUGAAUUUGGAGUAAGCCAUGACAUCUGUGCGCAACAGUUGCACUGACUUCCCUGCAGGGCACUCCACCUUUGCCCGCACUAACGAUGCUUCCUUUUUAGAUUUCUGAGCAAACUUUAAGGAAUCCUCUUUGUUUGACAUCUUGUUACUGUCUGUGCACAGUGCGCUGCAGCUGUGUGCAGCGUUCAUCAAAAAUACAAAGAGGCUUUUCUUACAUGCACUGAGUAUUUAUUAGCUCCUUUCAUGUAGUAAUAAACUGCUCAAAGACCGGCUGCUCUGGAGCAGAACUUGUUUUCUCGUGGUUGGUCAGACAGGGUCCUCCUCAGCUGCUCCUUUUCGCUUGGCAAGCGAUGUUUGUUUUCAGACACAAAUAGGAAUUAAAUGCAGUUUGGUAUGAGAGGGCAGUGAGAAGUGCAGUUUGAAAGGAGGCGUGCCAGUGCAAUGCAUCGUUACUCUAGUAUUACAACAGAACAAAUGUGUACAAAUAAUGUGUAAUUGUGUUGACCGGGUGUGUUUUUUGGAUACGGUUUAUUGGGUUCUUUCUAUUAACUGGUGACCAUCCAUUUGUAACGCUACAGUUUCCUGUAAUCAUGUUAAUAAUAUACACAAUGUAAAGAAAAUGGCCAUAACUCAGCAGUAUGGAUGUGGAAAAAAAGAUGUGUGUGUUAAGGUUAAGUUUUAGCUCCUCAGCUAGGAAUUAUGGGGGAAGGAGAUGAACAAUUUAAGACUUCCUGAACUUAAGGGCUCAAACCAGGGAGUGCACAAUUUUAUACAUGUGUGAGUUUGCAGGGAGCUGAGUUAGGAGUGUGUUUUUCUCAACAAAGCACAGAUAAACUGCAUUAAUAGAUUGUUGUGGGUUUUCCAGCUGUGCAUUAGGUUUUUCUGCAGGUACAUGAUAAGCUGGCAUGGUACUACAUACUUAUGUGGUACUGUUGCACUCUAAAAAGAAGUGUGUUGGUGUCCACAUAAGGGACUCACAACUGCUUAGUAUUCCAGUAAAAAAAAAAUAUUUAUUUUCGGUACAUGUGCUUAGAAAACCUCAACAUAUGGGUUUCUUCUUGAAAGAUAUUGUUAAAUACAAGUCCCCUUUCCUGCUAUUAAUUUAAUUGUGCUUCAACCCUUUAAAAUUGCAACUGAAAAAGUGAAUGUUAUUCUCUUCCUGAUUGUAAUAUGAUGAUAAUUACCUAAGUGGAAAUACUGUUUUUAAUAUAUGAAAUAGACCACCCUUCAUACCCUCAUGUUAAAAAUGGAGGGCGUCUGAUGUAAAACAAGUUUGUUUGACCGAAGGUCUGUAUGUUACUCUGCUUUUGGACUUUGGAUGUACAUAUUUAUAAAGUCUUUGUUUUUACGUGAGGAAUACCAAGCCGAGUUACAAGCAGAAAGCCUUUUGUUGCGCAUGUAAGCUAGUACCUGGCAUUUGUAUACAGAACGAUUGAGGUAUUAUAAUGCCAGUUUUCAUUCCAGUCAAGCAUGCUUUUUCUUUCUUUUCUUUUUUUUUCAUCUGCUGUGUCAGGUGUGGGCAGAUUUUAGCUUUGGCCUGUUUACCUUUUUAUAGCCUAGUAUUCAUGAAGACUCCAGUUUAGUACCUACCAAAUUUCAAUCUUUGAACACCCCUGACACUAAAGAAUCUAAAUCAAGCUUUUUUUCCCCCACAGGACUUUUAAUAAUUAGUGGAAUAACACAAUGACUUUCUAAAAAGUGCUAAAACCUACAUGACAUGUGAGAAUGACUAAAUCAUGAUGUCCAUUUAUAAAGUGUCCUGAGUAGAAGUAGGCUGAUCUGUUGCUAAUGUAUCGUGUGGUUGUACAAUCAUGUUAUCAUUUCUAUUUAUUACAGUGUAACCAGCAGGGUUUUGUGUGGUAACGUCAUACCUACUGUAUUGGUAACGUACUUUAUAUGAAGGCAUCUUGAAAAGUUGAGGUUUUUUUUAUAAUGAUGAUAGUAACUAAGGUCAAAUAUUAAGUAUUGUACUUCCCUGUGUGACACAAGGAAGUGUGUGAAACGAGUAUUGGAAUCAAAGAAUUCUUUUCUUUUUACUGCAAAACAAGGUUAACCAUCAUUUUGACUCGUGUGUUUUCCGGGAUGUACCAAACCUGAGGAUCACCAAGGUGUUGGCUGUUGUGACUUUCAUCUUCUGGAAGUUGGCUGUUUGAUCGGCUGUUUUUCAGACGAUCAAACAGCUUUCUAGCAGAUUGCCACAGAGAGCUGCUCCAUAUAUUUAAAAAAAAACAACAAAAAAAACAGGAGCUCUUCCCUGAAAUAUCCUGAGAUGACCCUGAUUUUGUGUUCUCAUUGAGACAGUGCACUGGACCAGUAUUUAGAUGAAGACCGUACAUUCUACCGUUCUGUUAGACCCCUCUAGAUGUUUUUUCUUUUCCUCAUGCUUUUGUAAAAACGGCUACUUUGUAAACCAAUAAACUUCUCAUCUUGGAAAUGUU